AUGACGACUCCCUCCGAUCUCUAUCCCAUCGUGAUCAGCUUCCUUGAGGCCAACGGCAAGAAGAAGGCCGCCCAGAAGCUCAGGAAGGAGGCCAACCUGAAGAGCCAGACUUCCGAUGUCGAUCUCAUGGAUGUCUUCAAGACCUACCUUGCUUCCAAAGGCACCACGGUCGCUAAGCCCGCGGACGUGAGCGAGGGCAAGAAGAGGAAGAGGAACGACUCUGACUCCGAGGAAGAGAAGGAGAAGGAGAAGGCCACCAAGAACAAGAAGGCCAAGAAGGAGGAGUCGUCCGAUGAUGACUCCUCGUCCAGCUCUGACUCCGACUCCGACUCUGAGUCUGAGGAGGAGGACAAGAAGAAGAAGGAGAAGAAGAAGGAGUCGUCUGACGAUGAAUCGUCGUCAUCGUCCGAGGACGAGUCGUCGAGUUCCGACUCUGAGUCUGAGGAGGAGGACAAGAAGAAGGAGAAGAAGGCCGACAAGAAGAAGAAGGAGGACUCGUCAUCCGAUGAUGACUCCUCGUCCAGCUCGUCGAGCUCCGACUCUGAGUCCGAGGAGGAGGACAAGAAGAAGGAGAAGAAGAGCGACAAGAAGAAGGAGGAGUCGUCGUCAUCGGAUGACUCGUCCAGCUCGUCGUCGUCGGAUGAUGACUCGUCGUCCAGCUCGUCGGAUGACUCGUCGUCCGAGGAGGAGGACAAGAAGGAGAAGAAGAAGAAGGAGAAGAAGGACGAACAGAAGAAGGAGGAGCCCAAGAAGAAGGAGGAGGAUAAGAUGGAGGUGGAGCAGCCGGCCGCGCCCGUCGUCAACGGCAACGGCAGCAGCAAGAAGAGCAAGAAGGAGAACAUUCCCUUCAAGCGCAUCAAGGAGGACGAGAUCGAGGUCGAUCCCAAGCUGUCCGACAACUCGUUCUUCUCCAAGGCACGCAAGGGCUUCAGGCACGAGAAGACCAAGAAGAAGAGGGGUUCCUACAAGGGCGGCAAGAUCAACGACGGCAUGGUCUCGAGCAUCAAGUUCGACGACUAA